ACUUGUCCGCCAGGAGUUGUCAAGGUGGUGAGGUGCUGUGGUCCGCCAGUCAUGCCCCAGGGAUGCGUUGUGUCCAACUGCACCAGCCGCUACGGCAGGCAGGAGAAGGUGUCCAUGUACCGAUUCCCGCUGGCUAAACCCAAGCUGGUGGCUCGCUGGGUGCGAGCCAUUCAGAAGCCUGCCUGGGAGCCCACCAAGAACAGUAGGAUUUGUAUGCGACACUUCGAAGACCACUGCUUUUGGACGUACAACGGGAAGCGUGCUCUGACGCCGUCUGCGAUCCCGACCAAGUUCGACCCGUCCCCCUGUCGCGUGAACGGCCAGCGCCUCGCGGCCGCGAGGAAGCCGUGGUACCUGCCGCCCGUGAGACCCAAAGAUGUAGAAUCUGUGACUGUGACGCGGGACGUUGUGUACAUCAAGACGGAGCCAGAUUUGUAUCUGUCUGAAAACGAUGUCACAAUCAAAGAUGAGCCACAGUCCGAGGGCGAGCAAGAAGUGGGCGAGGUGGACGUCAGCCGUGUGAAGGUGGAGGAGACGGCAGACGGAGACACUGCACAGACGGCACAGGCGAGCGAGCAGCAGCCUCUGCCGAUAGUGUUCCCGGUCGUCAAGACCGAAGUGAAGGAAGAGCCGGAGGACUACACGUACAGCUUGCCGCCCAGCAACUUCGCCCGGCUGGCCUCCUUGCCCGUCGCCACGGCGGCGAGCGCCAAGCCACGCCUGCAGGCGAGGGACACCAAGGAGCUCACCGCUCAGCGCCCUCCCCGGAGACAGCGCAGCAGGAAGAGGCGUCGUGUGGUCGAGGACGGCAUACUGUCCGAUCACACCUACGUGAAGUUCAAGAUGAAAGUGGGGUGUCUCGAGAACCCUUUCUAUCGCUUGAAGAACCCUGCGAGCGUCUCGAAGUGCUCUCGCCCUCCUGUUCGGCCGGCGGGUCACUUGUUCGUGCGCAGCGACUUGGGCGUGGGGCAGGAACCUAGGAAACAAUUAUGUAACAACAAUAUUAGUAUAAAAAAGGCAAAUGGGAAAAAUAGUCCUUUGAGUAAUUCAAAGAGGAUUUCUAAAUUUCCCACUGUUUCGUUUAGUAACAGCAAAAGUAAAAAUGGCCUUGUUUUGAAUACAAAACAGGGGAAAUAUGUUUUGAAUGCUAAACAGGGGAAAUAUUCAGUGUGUAAAAAACUCUCAGAAACAUUUCUAAAUGAUAUCAAUCUGAAGUCUCUCAAAACAGAAGGUCCGGCAGAAGAUGAUUUCAACAAAGAGAACACCCUCCUCGUAGACAGAUGUUUAAAUUCAGUGAUCGGAAGGAUAUCGCCGAAGAAAUCUUCCCACGUUCAUGACAAGAGACAGAUGUCGGAUGCAAAUAACGAUGCUCCCAGCAUGGAGAAUGUCCAAGACAUGUAUGAUGAGAUGAUGUCUGAACAAAAAUUUGUUUUGGGUAGCAAAGGAAUCCUGUCGGAGGAUAAAAAAUUUUCAGGACACAUGCCUCUACCCAGCAGUGCCCACGAGAAGAUUGUUGCUUCGGCGUCGAGGAGACAACGCAAACCAAACCUGACUUCGAGGAAAUACGAGAGCUGUAACGGAGGAAACCUCGGUCUGAGGAAUAAAGCUGGUGAUGUUGGGGACGACAGUUGCUCAGCCGGGCACGUGUGCUUGCUGUGCGAGGAGGCGUUCCCGUGCCAGCUGAGCCUGAAGACGCACGUGGCGGGGCACUGCCAGAAGUCGGCCUUCGCGUGCGCGCACUGCGCCAAGACGUUCGUCGACGCGGAGAGCCUCGGGACGCACUCGGCCACGCACGUGCUGCUCAAGUGCGUGCUGUGUGGCGCGGGGCUGCCCUCCAGGUCGGCGCUGUGCGAGCACGUGCUGUCGCACUUCGGCGGGGCGGUGCUGGAGUGCGCGCACUGCCCCAGGACCUUCUACGGGCCCGAGCUGUACGGGGAGCACCAGUUGCUUCACGCGGCCGCGGGAACCCCUCCCUCGCCCCGGGCGCCAGCCGACAGGCAUGAGCGCGUACCUGCGAGUGAAGCUGGUGCGGACAAACUUCGCUGUGCCAUUUGCGAUCGACUGAUUGGUUCGGAAGCGGAGUACAAAGAACACGUGUUGGAGCACGGGAGCGUGACCCCGGACUCGGCGGCCGGGACCAGACCCGUGGUCCGCGGGAAGCGUGUCAAAUGCAUGCUGUGUGGGACGAAGUGUGCUAGCGAGAGCAGUUUGAAAAAGCACAUAUUGGUGCACACGGGCGAGGUUUGGGACUCCUCGCAGGAGUGGGGCAGAUGACGGAGCUUACGUUGAGCGGGAAAGGACGCGUGCCGCAGGUAGCAACUCGAGGGUUAAGAUUCCAGUUGUUUGAAUCCGUUUACUUACGUCACUCCACCGCAUCUUCGUUGUCUGAUGUGAGGGCAUCUGGUUUUGGCUCGGGAGAAGCGAAACCUAGUUUGCCCACAAGUAACCUAAGAAUUUUUUAUUGGUAUCUGUGUGUGUAAUGAAUGGGAAGCGCAUUUGCUGAGGUAUUCCUAGAAUGUGUCCAAGGAAGGAGAAAACAGCUGAACAGCUGUAAAAAUAUUGUCUUUAUCCUGUUCUCUCUGAGCCAAGAAUCUAGGGCUUGAUAGUUUCGAUGGACAGGAAGGGAUAUUGAAGAAUGGAAAUUACAUUUUUCAUGCCCCUCAGCCCUUAAUAACCCGAUGGCGUUUGUGCUGCAGUUAGAUGUCCCCAAGUGUGAGGGCAGGGUUGGUACCUGGAACUUGUCGGCCACAAGUUCUAUAUAAUCAGAAUGGAAGAAAAUCAAUUUUCACUUCCUUGUUUUUAAAUCCUGCUGAUUAUUGUACAGUAAAAAAAAGCACUCAACAUCCCCUGUCCUACAGUUGUCUGUAGCUACAGACAGGCUCAAGCUAUCGUCAUUCUUAGAGCUGUGAGCUUUUCAGACAGGCAUAAUAUUCCCGUUUUGUACACAAAUAAUUGCAUUAUACUUCAGUUUUUUCUUUAUGAAGUUGAGCUUUUAGUUAUUCACAUCACCGGAACUGUGUUUAAUUAUUACAUUGUCAUUAUAACUUCAUCUGCUGUGGCUUCAUAACGGGACAAAAAUCCCAUGUUUUUGGAAAUUGGUAAGUUCUUUAUUCUCUUUAAUGGUUUCAUGCUUUUGCAAUUACAAUUGAACCUUUUUUAACAUAUUUUUCUCAAUAAAAUGCUCUUUUUAAGUUGUCCGUUAAAACCUUAUUUUUAAUACGACUUUCCCAUCUUUUAUAGUUUUUACUCAAAUACAGUAAAAAUUUCCUUCACUUUAAUUGAAGGCAAUCGCUCAAGAUGGAUUCAUGAAUGUGUUACGUAAUAAUUGUAACUUGGACUUGUUAUGUAAUAUGGUGGAUCCUCAUUAUAAAGAAAGGAUUUCUUACAUACAGUAUGGGGUUUUCCCAGGUAUUUUGUAAUGAGCUUACACUGCAUUGUGAAUUGAAAGUUUAUAAUUGCAUUAGUGAUUCAUUCCAGCCAGUGAAAAUGGCGAGAAUGUUGCCAUGUUAAUAUGGUAGCAAUUUUUUUGUUUCGAUUUUUAAAAUACAGAAGGGUUAGGAAUUGUCGAUUGAUAAAUUAUUAUAUUAGUUGUAGAAUUUGCAUUACUGUUGACAUGACAGAGUUAUCUACUGCAAGUAUAGAAAACUGAAAAUGUAGUCGAGGCAUACUGGUAACCUUAAAAAAAAAUCAUCACAAAAUAUUUCUUGAAAUUCUUCUUGAGAUAACAAAUUGAAACAAAAAUAAUACCACUUUCACUGAUAACAAGGCACUUAAAAAAUGGUAAACAGUGAAAUACUACAAAAUCUGGUUGAUUGUUUUCUUCUUUUUGCGAAAUUAUAGGCUCACUAAUUAUUGAACAUGAAUUUUUACACAAAAAUAGUAGUUUAAGAUGAUUCAAUACCAGUCAUUUACACAUAAUGUGUGUGAACUAGGACAGGGUUAUUUUACCUAUUUUGCUACCUGGCCAUUUAAUUUGAUGCACCUACAGCACAUGUUGGCAACAAACCGUAAACCGUGCAAUAAAUGCUAGCAAGUGCCAGCAGACUAGAGAUUAUUUCCUUUUAAUGUCUUGUUUGACUAAUAAUAAAAUUAACACAGUGGAAUAAUAAUUAUGAAAUCACUGAAAUUUUAAUCAAUGCCUAUCUGGUGGGAAAUGAAAAUACAAAUUUUCAAGUAGAAAUUCAUUACUUGUAAUUUGUGCAAUUUUUGUGUUGACUGAAUGCGUAGGUAUAUGUUAACUAUUUAACAAAUUUUUAUGAAGUAAAUAUGAAGAUGUGUUUUGAUGUUGGCAAAAUAAGAUGACAUGUGGAAUUUUUUUCAAAAAUCAAAAUGGAAACAAUGUGAGCGCUGUGAAGUGUGGCAUGAUCCUUAUCGCCAAGUGUGAAAGUGCAGUUGGUUGGUCCCUGUGAUAGUGGCUUGUAAGCAAACUUCAGUAUCAGGCUGUCAGGUAACCACAACUUGUGAAACUGGGUGUGGAAAAAUUGUACAACAGCCUAGGCUGCAGUUAAGCUUAUUAUUGUCAAAAAAAACAAACUUCUAUUUACAUUUUGUUUGUGCACUACUUGAAUUCAGUUGCUGGUAGGGGAAUGCUGCUAAUAAUUCCUCAUUUCCUUGAACCUUUGUACAUUCAUCACAGUCUGCUAUUACUAUUGCCAAGCAAACGGCAGUUCAUGCCAACACAUUCUACUGAGCUUUGGUUGGUUUCUUCCAUUGGAAUUUUACUGAAGAUAUAAUUACAACAGUAUCUAGUCUAAAAUUAACAACUGAUUUGGACAAGAUCUUUCAGAAUCCGUACACAAUCAUAAACCACUACGCUUGUAUACACAGUUGUAUUAUAAGCACGUGAGAAGUUGUUACCAUAAUUCUUGAGCACUCUAUGGUAAACCCACUUUAAGUGGCCCGCCUAGCCAGAGGCUGUAAAUUGGCAGGCAGUUUCAUCACAGUGUAGGGCGUCUGUGGUGCGGUGAAAACAUAACACCUUAUUUCUUGGGAAUGAAGAUAAAGGUUUUAUGCACCUUUCUGAGGUGCUUUCAAGAUUUUACAGGAAGUAAACAUUUGCUACAGACAUUUUUCACUCUCCCUCUUUAUAUUGCCAGCACACAGCUAAACCAAAUUGUUUUUAUAAAUCAUAGCGCUUCUAGUUCAGUCCUCCUACAGUGCAUGCAUGUUUUGAAACAAAUGCAGGAUUACUGAAAGUGAUAUUUCUAUAAAAAUACAGUAAUUAGUUGUUCUGAAUAAGAGGUACAAAAGAAGUGACAGUUAUUCACAAUGAAACACUAUUUUUACGGGUAAGUGAGUUGGAGGUUAAAAUGAUUACAUGCAUAUUUAUAGAAAUAUUUUCAAAAUUAUUCUCUAUCAUCAAUCAUAUAAAAUUCAAUUAAAUUUUUAAAACCACAGCACUGUGUACUACAUUCAGAGCUUGAGGCCAUUAAAAAAUUUGUAACAUAAAAGUUACAAAAUAACAUUGCAUUUAAUUAAUUUUAAUUGGUGUGCAUGUUGCAGUUUAUAGUCAAACCUCAAGGGGCCAUAAUUAUGUCCACACUUAACAAUAUAGGUUGCACCAACCAAACAAUUACAUAAACUCAAAAAAAAUAUUAUAAAAUGUCUUUCUCAUUUAGUACAUGUAUAUCACACCUUAAAAAAAUGGAAUAUGCUCCAAGGAAAUUUGCACACACAUUUUCGCAGCACCAUAUAUAUAUACACACAUGUAGAUUUUCUAGAAUCCCAUAUAUAUAUAUAUAUAUAUAUAUAUAUAUAUAUAUGGGAUUCUAGAAAAUCUACAUGUGUGUCUCAACGAAAAUAUUUUUUAUUGUAGUACUUUUUAAAGGAUUUCGGACUUCAAAAUUAAGAAAAGGUUUAGAAACUACCUAAGAAGACAGACCAUCAUUUUGGAAGAAUAUGUAAUUUCUAGGCAGUUUUUUUUAUCAAACACACUGAACUGAAGCAAUGACAUCAGUAUUAUUUUAUCAUCACAUAUUUUUUUUUUUUUUUUUUUAAUUCUGGGAUAUUUGUAGUGAGCAUCAUUUACUACAUAUAAUUUAUUACUCUUGGAACAAAAACAACUUUGUAUUAUGUUACAACCAUAUUUUUGUAUUAACAGAAUUUUUUUUAUUAAUGAGGUUUCACUGUAUUGGCGUGGGACACUUUGUUGAAGCAGGCAAAACAAGUUGGAUACUGAUCGUCUUAGUUGUAUAUAAUGCUGCAAUGAGGCCUAUUUUUAUUGCCUGCUGUAUCUAGCGAUGUGUAGUCAAUUGUAAUUUACUACCUGUAUUUUUCAUCACAAUAUGAAAUGAUUGUUGUUUUCAGUGACCAAAAGCAUGUCUUUGUACACAAACUCCAUUAUUUUUAUUGCUCUAGAAAAAUAUAAUUACAUUAAGCAUCAUGUGAGUUUGUUAAUGAGUCUCAUGUGUGGAUGGUGCUAUAGUGUGUGUUUUUGUUCUUUUAAAAUAUAAGUAUUUAUCAAGUGCUAAUCUUUGUGUGGUUGCAAAAAUCUUUCAGAUAGUUUAUCCCAGUUUAUUUAACACUAUGUAAAUCAUUGCUAUAAAUUAUAAAAAUUCUGCCACAUUAUUUUGGCAGAGUAAAGUUUGAAAUGAGGCUCUACAAAAUCCAAUAGAAAAAUAUUUAUUUUUUUAAGCAUGUGUGUUUAUUCUUAUGAUAAUUAGUGACAAGGUUUUAUGUUAAAUUGCAAUAAAACUAUGUGAUAACGAAGAAAAGUAUGUCGGUUCACAGUUAACACAUUUUCAGUGUGUCUCAAUUAGUUAACUAACAUCACGAACCUGAUAUUUUGGGUGCCAUAACAAUUUAAAUUAUUUUAAAAUAGUUUAUGUUUAUACUUUAAUAUAGUUACGUGUAGUUUAAAAUGAACUGUCAUAAAUCAUAACUACGAAAUAUAACAUGAAACCAGAAUCAUUAUUUGUCAUUUCAAAUAUAUAAAGAAUAAAAUAUAUUCAUAGGCAUGCCAUACCAUUCCAAUCAAUCAAAAGGAAUAACACUAAAUAAAUCAUACUAAUAACACUGCAAAUAUUAUGGUCACAUAAAGCAAACGUCCAAUCUUAAACUAAUUCAUUGAUGAGUCGGCAACUGUGUUAUUUAUAUCUUUUCACAAAUUUUAACUUCGGUUCUGAAAAAUUAUGUGAAGUAAUCUGACCUAAAUAUUAUUCAACCGGCAAAUAAUUGGCAUUAAAAUGUCCAUAUUUUAAUAGGAAAGUGAUAUCUGAUGUCCUAACAUCUUAGUAUGAAUUGAACUUAAGGUAUUUUAUGUUGAGAUUCAAAUAGUGCAGUUUUGGUCGGAUGGGGUUAUAUUGGCUCAUUAGCUAACAUCUCUUCUGACAUCACUACAAUGUGUUACAUUUUGAAGCAAUUUCGUUAUGUAAAUUUAAAAACAAUUAUUUUGCAAAUAGCCAUUCACAAAAAAACAAUUGUACACUGAUGCAUCUAAAGUGUGUGGAGAUACCUGUAAUAAUUGGAAUAAUCAUGUAUUGAUCUCUGAUUAUAAUAUAAGAAUGUACAUUUAGCAAACUUAGAAUGAAACUCAACACUGGUAUAGACAGAAAACAUUUUAAUUAUCAACAUAAUUACAUGCAAUCAAAGAUAGUGUAUCAAUUAAAAAUCCAACCUGUGUAAAUUAUUUUUAUCACACUGUUUUAAACAUUUUUUUGUUGACUUGUGAAUAAAUAUAAAAUAAAUAUAUAUAUAAACAUAAAGUAAAUGCAAACUGAAAUCUACAUCAGCCUGGUUGUUUAUGUUACGAUAUCCUGUGGCAUGUGCAUAGAGAACAUUGCCAUGCUAAAAGC